UGCUUUUCACCUCCAUGAGUUUGAGGAGCUGCCUCAGACGCUGGUGGAGUCGCUGGGUCCAUGUUCACCUCUGGCUGUUACAUAAACCUGUUAUCAGAUCAUGUCUGACCAGGCCUCGGACUCCUGGCUCCUGGUGGGACACCAAAAAAAAAAGAGUCAGAGUCAGAGUUAGUGGGUGUCUGCGCUCAGUAGUGGGCUUCGAUCCGUGGUCAGGACGGCAGGCUUGUCCAGUUCCUGCUAACGGUAAUGGCCUCUUCCAAACCUCCCAGCUGGAGGUUCUGGUUCUGACCCAUCUCACGCUCACAAAUUCCAUGAACUGACUCAGAGCUCCUCAGAAAAGGGAAGUAUUUUGUGACUGCAAAGAAGACACAUGUGACCACUUUCACUUUUAUUGACAUGUUUCUUUCCCAGAAAACUAUAUUUACAAUAUACUAUAUUUCUACACAACAUAGCAUUUUUAACCGCAUACAUGAAAAUCUCUGAGUUCUAAAUAGUACAUUGUCAUGUGCUUUUACCCAACAUAAAAACAAGAGCUUAAAAGUAUGUUGCAAGCUCAAAGAGGACACUGGUGGUCCUCAAAGUGGCCCCCAGACCAGCGUUUGAGAACACUGUGUUAGCAUCUAUUUAUUUAGCGUAUAAGCUAAAGCAACAAACAGGCAGCUGAUUUGGAAGAAACUGUUCUAAAACGUGUCAUUUUUCUUUAAAUAGUGAUGAGCAAAAGAACAUGUUUACAGCCUGAGGCGCUGGUUUAACAUCACGCUGUUCUGAGCUCAGCGCAUCGCAGAGACGCUCUAAAAGAACUGAACUGCAAGCGAUGUACGAAAACACUGUGAAGUACAUGAACAUCCAGCGUUCAUGAAGCUUCAGCAGUGACCGCGUCAGCGGGCGGCGUGUUUGCUUGGCCUCAGACUGACGGCUCUUGGUCUCAGAAGCUCCACUGGCAUCAGGCUGCAGAGCUCCUCUGGGUGGAAACAGUCAACUGGACUCGCAUCUGGCCUCGCGGCUCGAGCUGAGAACAGCAGGUCGAGGAGCUGCUCUGUUUGCUCGAGGCGCCGGCGGCUUCUCCAAAGCGCCUGUGUAAACUUGAGUGAACAAACGAAGCCAAAUCAGACGGAUCACUUCAGUUGGAUCUCAGGUGAGGAGAGACGCUGUUUGCGCAACACGUCCUCGGGAGAGUCACAUGGCCCGUCACCACGGUGAACAGCGAGGUGAGCAAAGUUCAGCACGGUGACGCAGAAAUUGCCUUUAUCGCUCGAUGAGCGACGGUGUUCACAGCGUCCCACGGAUGUCAGUCAGGAACACAUCUGCUGCCAGGAAAGUCUGGUGCUGUGAGGAACAUGCAGCUACAUUCCAGCGCUGUGGAGCCUGUAGAAGUGACGUCUAACCAGGAUCUACUCUGGUUUAUCAUUCACUCACCCUGGUCUUAAAAGUUUGAAUCGCACUUUCUGAUGGAGCUGUUAUUGAGGGAGUCAGAUUUGAGCUGAGAACCAGGUCAGAAUCAAGAGUGAAGAGUCUGAGGAAUGUCUGAGUCCGCUGGAUCUCUAUCUUGUCUCCACGAAUCAGCUGAGGGUCAGAGGUCACGCCACUUAUCUGGUGCUCAGAGAUCAGCUGCCAGUGAGCAGCAGAAGAUGCAGGUUUGAGGGGGAGAGCAAGGACAUCAGCAGCCCCGCUUUCUCCAGGGAAGCACCUGGAACCAGCGGCCCAACUGCCACCUCAUGAGCUCCUCCAUAUCAAAGAUCUCUUCAACACAAAGAGGAGCGCGGAAUCAUCUGUUGCCACGGUGAGCAGAAGUGUUGCGUCGAAACACGGCGGCCGCUGCUGCAGAGCCUCAGGAAGGAAGUUAAACAAGCAAACAGGAUGCAGGAAGUGGCCUGAGUGACAGGCCUGGAGCCCGUUUGCUCCAAACUAUUUCUGCUAGAAGGAAGUGCGGUCCCAGGCGGCGGGCGGAGCGGGGUGUUAGUUAUGAAAGACGGUCCGAGGAUGGUUCUCUGCCCUGUUGGUUUCUCCCUCAGGGGGGCGGGGUUCUGUGCACCUGGGGAUUUGAAGUGUGUUUCACCUGCUAAAUGUUUCCAGCCACGCGCUCACAGAAGCUCUCGCCGCCGCAGCAGCAGCAGCAGCAUGGCAAACAAAGGUCCGUUGUACGGCUUCAGCCGGGAGGUCCAGUCCAAGAUCGAUAAGAAGUACGACCCGGAGCUGGAGGAGCGGCUGGUGGAGUGGAUCAUGGCCCAGUGUGGCGCCAAAGUGACGCGGCCCGCGACAGGCCGGGCCAGCUUCCAGGAGUGGCUGAAGGACGGAUGCGUUCUGUGCCACCUCAUCAACAGUCUGCAUGGAGAGCACAAGCCCGUGGCCGGCAUCAAGAGCUCGGGCAUGGCCUUCAAGCAGAUGGAGCAGAUCGUUCUCUUCCUCAACGCCGCCGAAAAGUACGGCGUCAUCAAAAUGGACUUGUUCCAGUCGGUGGACCUCUACGAAGGCAGAGACCUGGCUGCGGUCCAGAGGACCCUGAUGGCUCUGGGCUCUCUGGCAGUCACCAAGCAGGACGGCUUCUACAGAGGAGACCUCAACUGGUUCCACAGGAAAGCUCAGGAGAACAGGAGGGAGUUCUCCGACGAGCAGCUGAACGAGGGCAGGAACGUCAUCGGGCUGCAGAUGGGCACAAACAAAGGCGCGUCGCAGGCCGGAAUGACGGGAUACGGCCGACCUCGGCAGAUCAUCAACGACAACUGAGCCCUGCUUCUCCCACUCUGGCACCCCCUCCUGGGUGUGAGAGACUGAACCGGCGCGACCCGGGGACCAAGCACGCCAAGCAUUUCCACAUCACUUCUUCACAUUCCCGCCGUCUUUCUGCGAAUCAAUGCAGCCACAGUCGACAGCUGAACCAGCCGCCGCUGACCUUUCUGACGCAUGUCCAGCGUCUCCAGCUGAGGGAGGCGACAGAAUCAACACAGCCACCCGACCCCUGACCUUCACCCCAGACCCGCGGCGGCGGGGCCUUGUCCCGACCGUCACAUCCAUCACCGUCCGGGUCAUGUGACAAACUCGUCCAUUUUAAAUAAAGUUUUAUUUGUCUAUCAA